AUGGCCCAACGUCUAUGCCAAUCUGACGAACCCGGCCGUGAAAGCUUCCAGGUGGUGGUGGUCGGUCAUGCGCCUCGGCCUAAGGCUGACGAAUAUGCUAGCCGUGUGGGAACACCCUCAGGUCUUUCAACUGCCGACCACGACAGCACUUCGCACGGCUUCCAGUCCUCGUCCAAGGUUGACAUAAAGCAUGAAGGCAUCUCAUCUUCGGCUGCGAUAGGAGGAUACAUUCUAGUCACCAACUUGGACGGCACAGAGACCACUUAUGGCUUGACAGCGGGCCAUGUACUCCCGCAGACAGCGAUUGAUACUCCAUUGUCAGACGACCAAUGGGAUGGAUCGAUGCCCUCUCCAGAUUCAAGUGAUUCGGAAGAUGAUCUCACCAGCAUCCCAGAGUACAGCGCCAAAGGUCGUGGCCAGAGUCUUCUCGAAAGCUUCAUUGGACCCAGAGGUGAACCAGCGUGGACGGGCAUGAUAUUAGCGGAGGCUACGUUUUCUCGUGAGGCCCGAGACAGAGAUUGGGCACUGAUCGAACGCAUUCGUGCUAAUGAGGUUGCAUCGCUCUACACCGCAAUCAGAUAUAGAUCGGUCGUGCUCGAUCCCUCUGAAAGUAUACAAGACGGUGCAUCUGGUACAUGGGUCACUUCCGGUUGGACCCGAAGUCUUGGUCGUCGGAUAGGUGGACCCAGUGAGCCCAUAUCGGCCUACGGCCAGGUAGUGGCUGAUGACAUCUUUGGCGACGUUUAUAUGAUUCCGCUGAGCGAUAUAAUCGACGACAUCAAGGUUCUAACGAGAGCUGCAGCGAUAAGGCUGCCAGAGUCUCUUAUGGAACUUGAGCAUAUGCUUUCGAAGAAACGAGGUAGAGAAGAGGCGGAUCAAGUAGGCAGCGAAGAGGCAAGCUCGGUGCCUGAGACUCAUACAAGCACACAUGACAAGGUGUCACGGAUGAAAGCUCGUUCUGUCACGAAUGACAUAAUCGACUACCCUCUCAUACUCGAUUCUGACGUGCCGACAAAUUUUACUGACGCAAUAGCACAUUACAACGCUCUCCAGAGCGAGUCGCCCUGGAGAAAUCGAGUAGCAUCAACAAGCCAUUUCGAGGAUGAUGACAAUGCCGAGGAAGAAGACGAGGUUGCGCAUGGCGACGUCGAUGCUGCAGAAGAAGAGAACGACGACGACAGCACAUCAGAUGUCGGACAUGGAGCACCUGAGACGAAGAUAGAACCGUGGUGGACAUCUGAGGAGGAUAGGUGUCUAAAAAGAAUGAGGAGCGACGGGGCUUCAUGGAGUCGGAUCAUGGAGGAGUUUCCGAACAGGGUCGAACGAAAGGUGAAGGAACACUGGUACAAAGAUCUGCGUCAUGGAGCCAAUGGGGAGAAGCCCUCAGCGACAACAUCCACGCGCGCUGGAUAUGGCAGAUGA